UGCACCAGCAGCCUGGGAAGAAAAAUAGUUUAAAACGCAAAUUGUCUGCAAUGUUUCUAUACCUCUCAGGUGGAUCUGAUGUGCCUUGAAGUUUGAGAACUUUGGGUCUGGGUGGGGGAUGAUGGUGGCAGGGCUGAGGUCCUGGCAAUGGAAUUAGAGAGGAGAGUUCCCAGGGCAUGUGGGAAGCAGAGCCCACAGACCUUGGUGCACCCUCUGUGGUCCUGCCCUUGCCCCCAGGGGUCUUCCAGUCUGUCCUUCCUUCCUGUGGCAGGUGUGUGGUUCCCCCCUCCCUCUCUGGCUCCUUUCCUUACAAAUAAGCAGCUCCCAGCCCGGCCAUGGUAGUCAAGGUGGUUGCCACAGCAGUUGACAUCAGCGCUCUGGCCCCUGAGGAGCCUGUCACCUUCCUGCCUGCCGGAAGCGUGCUGCAGUACUGCUUCUAUGAGGAGUAGAGAGGAGGCAUUUGGAGCCUCCCGUCCUCACGUACACACACCCCAUUUUAAGAACUGGGAGGGGCCAGGAGUGGUGACAAGGGGACAGAGGGUGGGGGCUGGGGAGGCGGAAUCCUCAGGGGUAGCCUCUUCUCUUGGCAUCCAAGGCCCCAGCCCGCUUGGCUCCUAGAAGGCAGGAGCAGCAGGAGCAGCACUUGGGCCAUGGCAGAGGAUGGGCCAAGGCAGCUGGAGAUGCCGCUGGCUUUGGACCAUGACCUGACCAAGCAGAUGCGGCUGCGCGUGGAGAGCCUGAAGCAGCGUGGGGAGAGGCGCCAGGAUGGUGAGAAGCUGCUGAGGCCAACCGAGUCUGUGUACCGAAUCGACUUUACCCAGCAGCAGAAGCUGCAGUUUGAGCGCUGGAAUGUUGCACUGGACAAGCCGGGCAAGGUCACCAUCACGGGCACCUCUCAGAACUGGACACCUGACCUCACCAACCUCAUGACGCGCCAGCUGCUGGACCCCGCUGCCAUCUUCUGGCGCAAGGAGGACUCGGAUGCCAUGGAUUGGAAUGAAGCUGACGCCCUGGAGUUUGGGGAGCGCCUGUCGGAUUUGGCCAAGGUCCGCAAGGUCAUGUACUUCCUCAUUACCUUUGGCGAGGGGGUUGAGCCUGCCAACUUCAAGGCCUCUGUGGUGUUUAACCAGCUCUGAUGGUGGCCUCCCUGCCUCCCUGCUGCUCCUCCUCUGGUCCACUGCCCUCCCUCUAUCCAGAACUCCUUCUCCCCGGCGCAUUUCUGAGGAAAUUCUCCUAGCUGCUCUGCCUGUCCUGGGCUUGGCCAGAGGCCUCCUGAGCAACAUGUCUUUCCUCUCUGUGGUGCCCGUGCUCUGGCUCAUAGGAAGAUCCCAUAGCUCCGUGGUCUAGAAGCUGGACCAUUCGUUGCGACCACUGCUGUAAAUGAUAGGUAUCUUACCGGUGCUACUGGGGGCAGAGGGAAAGACCACAGGACUGCCUUCCCUGCUUUGUUAUGGUGGAAACAGACUGAAAGAAACCAAGAGAGAAAAAGACAGAGAGAGAAAGAGAGAUCCAAACCACCAGCCACCUGGCUUCCUCCAGGGACAGGGAGACUGAGAUGCAGGAUCAGCCUCCUCCUCCGGGAACCCAGCAAGCAAGUGCUUGCUGCCUGCUGGUCAUAGCAUCCUUUGCUGAAGCCCACGUCAGGAUUUGAACACCCAGCCCGAGGACCCAGGAAAGCACCGCUCCCAGCCUUUGGCUGGGGUGAUCCCCCAACACUUCAAAGCCCUCAGGACAUGGGGUAGUGUUGCUGCGGGUUGGUUUGGGUGGUGGGAUUGGCUGGCUUUGCACAACUAGCUGAGGUUCUUGUGGCUGCAGGCAUGGAGACAUGAAGGGAGGUAUGUCAAGUUGGGUGGAGAUCUAGCCACCAAUAUAUAUAUAUAUUGAGAGAGAGUAUGUGUGUGUGUGUGUGCUGUUAUUCAUACGGGUACAUAUUAGUGGUCUGUAUCUGCCCUACACACAAGUCAGUCCUUAGAUUAUCUGUUGUGUGAUUGCUGUUCACAUGUGGAUCUUGGCAGGGGCUUGGCUGACAUGACAGUGAUUGAAUUCCCUUUGGUGCAGCGGUUCCUCCUGGGAGAUUUUGUGGUUCAUACAGAAAAGGGAUAAACAGUUUAGUAGAGAGGGGUCCAGGACCUGGAGCUGGAGAUGGUGAUAUCUCCGGCUGGGAAGUCAGGCUUCUGUCAGCUCACUGUGGUGGAGGGCAGAUGUUUUGUCCUCCUGUAGUCUCUCUCAGCAUUUUCUGGGCUACUCUGGUGGGUGCGGAAGGCCUGAGGAACUUGCCUUGCUCAUCUGUCUCCUGGGUGAUGUUCAGAAGUGAGCUGGAGGCAGCAGUGGUAUGACAUUCGCCAGUGUCAUCUCUGAGGUCUUCGAGGUCAACCACUCACCAAACAGACCGGAUAUGGGGUGGGAGGCACAGUUAUCAGCAGAUUCAGUUCUAGCCCCAAGUUUCCUUCUACUUCACAUUGCACAGGUCCAGACCCCCUUUUGAGGAGGGGCCCGAUCUGAUGCCUGGCUGCAUCUAACAGCCUCUCAACAAGUGCCCCCCCAACACCCUGUCCCAAAGCCAGCCAUGUGUUUUGGCCCUGGCCUGUCAUGUGUCCAAGACAUUUCUCUUCCCAAAACAGAGCCAGAGCACUGCUGCUCGGGCCUGGGAACGAUGUGCUGAGAGCUGGGAGGUGGUGGAGUAGAACCGUCCCUGGUGACUAGGGCUGCUGGAAAGCGAGCCCCGGGGUGUUGGAGUGGAUGCUGGGGGAGGGGUUGGCUGAACGGUGAGUUCUGGUCCUUUGAAAUCCACAGCUCUGAGUGUUUUGGGGGCAUAACUUAGAGAUGGCUUUGCCCAUGGCCAUUGCUGCCUUAUUCCCCACUGAGGACUGGGAAAGACCAGACCUCUGGGCAGAGGCUCUACCCUUCUACGUGUUUGCUUGACCUCCCCCUGCAGCUCUAGGGACACUCUUGAUCCAGGCUGUCUGUCCUCCACCCUGUCCCACCCUGUCGGCCCUGUGGAGUCCCCAGUGCUCCUGCUGUUCUGCUGUGCCUGCUGCGUGUCCCAAUAAAGGCUGUGUGCCCGCGCCUUGGUGGUGUGUCUCAUUGUGAAUGCUGCUCCCCCCAGGAAUGCUGUGUCCUCUCUGCCUCCCACAUGCCCUGCCCCUUCCUGAUGCCAGCUUUCAGGGAUGAGGCCAGAGCAGCCAGGUGUCUGCAGACCCUACAUCAGGGUUUCACAGGUCUCCUGACUUUGCAACAAUAGCCUCAGACCAGCCUCUGGGAAGGGUGUGGAGGGAGUCAAGGGAGGCGAGGGUGACUGUGCAGGGGCAGGUGGAGCAUAAA